CCACCUUGCAGAGCAUCAAGGGCAUUAGAGCAUAACAACAGACCGGCUGCGUUAUUACAUGUGCUGCUUUUGGGACAUCUUUUUGGGUUUGCCAUGGAGCCACAGAGGUUCCCCGUCAGAAUCCGCGUACUGGGAGUGAUGCAGAAGGAUAAGAAAAACAUGUACAUGGUCUCCGUGCUUUGGUCGGACGACGACGACAUCCAGAUUUACAGGACCAUCGAGGACUUCAAGAAGAUGCAUAAGCAGCUCAAGAAAGCGUUUCCGGCCACCAAAAAAAACGAGAGAAGCGUGCCCAAGUUUCAAGUCACAAAGAAGGCGAAAUCGAACCAGAAGAACAGCCCCGCCAAAGCCCUCAAUUACCUGCAGCCCUUGCAGACGUACUGCGAUAAACUGCUGAGCUCCGACGUGCAGGUCAACCAGUCGGUUCACCUCAUCCAGUUCCUCCACCCCAAAGACGCGGAAGUGAAGCCCGAGUACUCCAAGAACGGCGUCGUCAUCAUGCCCCCCGAAGGCGAAGUCUCUCGACCCGAAGUCCAGAGCCCCGGUGGCGGCACUGUGACUCGGCCGCAAACGGCCGAGACGUACAGGUGCUUGUCCCCCUACGAGACCAAGGACACCAAGAACAAGCCGUUCAAGGUGGCGCUGAAUGAGAAAGUGGACGUGGUCAUCAAAGACAAAGCGGGGUGGUGGCUUGUGGAGAAUGAAUACAAGGCCUUGGCUUGGUUUCCCGCGCCGUACCUGGAGAGGCUGGACGACGAUGAACCAGAAGAGGAUUGUAUCGACGGACUUCCUCAAAAAGGACUUUUGUACACCGUCACCAAGAGCUACGAAGCCACCAAAGAUGACGAGAUAACGGUGAGCCUUGGUGCAGUGGUCGAGGUCCUGCAGAAGUCUGAAACUGGCUGGUGGCUCAUCAGAUACAAAGCCAAGGCCGGCUACAUCCCUACCAUGUAUCUGAAAGCUCCGAAAAACCGUACUUCGCAAGUGCGAAGCUCCAGUCAAGAGUCCACCAGUCCCACCAGUCCCUACCUCCUGUCCCCCAAAAGCCUGGCCGUACAGUCGCAGCAGUUGAGCCGCUCCCAAGAGAACAUUUUGCAGCCGUUCCCCCCUGCCAGGUCCCCAUCACCCAAGACCCUCCAACCAGCGAGCAAGAACUUGUCCAAAUCGGUUGAGGUCCUAACUAAACCUCAACCAGCCUUGCCGGUUCAAACUGUCACCAAGCGGGUCAUCGCCCCGCCUCCCCCCAUAAAACGCAUCCCUACGCCCAUCAUCAAGGUGGAGAGCAAGGUGGACGACGAUCAGCGCCUGAGCCCCGAGGAGGACAGCGACAGAGAGUUCACAAGCGACAGCGACUUCAGCAGCGACGAAUUCAGCUCCUCCUCGGCCAGCACGGUCAUGAACCUGAGUAUGAGCUGCGACGACUACACCCUGAGGCACAGCCGCACCCCUCCGCCCCCGUCCAGGUACAGCCUAAGCCCAGACGGCAGCCUAGAGGGCAGACUAACGCCCAGCGUCUCGGAAUCAAACCUCUUUAAGAGCGCCAACGGGGUUCCGAAGGUGCCGCCCAGGCCUAAUCACAAGGAGAUCCUAAGCCGCUGCACCACCGUCACGCGCAAGAACGCAAACAGGGCUGCGAGCCCAUCACCCACAUCCAUAGAAAGUCGGUAGACCGCAGAGUCAGCAACAGUUCCAUGUCCAUUUACUUGUUUUGUAGAUUAUUGUUAUUGUAGAUGAUCACUAUCACUAUUCCAGUCUCUUCUGACACUAUUUUCCAUACUGGAAAAUGUUUUUUUGUUGUGCCUUAUAUGCAUAAAUAAGACAUGUCAUUAUUGAUAUUGCAGACAUUAUUGUAACAAGAAACUUCAGCUCGAAAUUUUGGUUUAUGAAAGAAAUAUAAAUAUAAAUAUAAAACUUCAUGACGACAUUUUUCAAAUUAAUAAAGAGUAAUAGAAUAGUAUGAUAGUUAUAUGUUACUUGUUUUGAACAUGUUAUCGUUAUCACAAAUAAAAAGAUAUACUGUACACAGAAAUUAUUUUUGAUU